AGCGCCGGAGCCCCGUUCCCCUGACGCUUCGGCGCGCGCGAGGGAGAGUUUCCCCGGCUUGUGGCACGAGUGCGAGAGCAGCAACAGCCCCGGGGAAAGUGGCCGGCUCACGCGUGAACGCGGCGGCGGCGGCAGCCCGCGCGCACAGGUCGCCACCGCGGACAGCAGCGACGGCGGCGGCGGCAUCUGGCGCUUCCUGGCCACACGCGCCCACCUCCCCCCGUACAGGCACCUCAGAAAAAGCUGCUUAGACAAUCUAAUGGAUGAGGAUGAAAAAGACAGGGCAAAGAGGGCUUCACGUAACAAGUCUGAAAAGAAGAGGCGUGACCAGUUCAACAUUCUCAUCAAGGAGCUCAGCUCAAUGCUUCCAGGAAACACUCGUAAAAUGGACAAAACCACAGUACUUGAAAAAGUCAUUGGGUUCCUUCAGAAACAUAAUGAAUUCUCAUCACAGACAGAGAUUUGUGACAUCCAGCAGGAGUGGAAGCCUUCCUUUCUCAGCAAUGAAGAAUUCACCCAGUUGAUGUUGGAGGCAUUAGAUGGGUUUGUUAUAGCUGUUACCACAGAUGGAAGCAUUGUGUAUGUUUCUGACAGUAUCACACCUCUUCUUGGACAUUUACCAUCUGAUGUAAUGGAUCAGAAUUUGUUAAAAUUCCUCCCAGAACAAGAACAUUCAGACAUUUAUAAAAUAUUAUCAUCUCAUAUGCUUCUGAUGGAUACUGUCUCAUCAGAUUACUUAAAAUCUGAUGAUGAUUUAGAAUUUUAUUGUCAUCUUCUGAGAGGAAGUCUGAACCCAAAGGAGUUUCCAACAUAUGAAUACAUAAAAUUCGUAGGGAACUUUCUAUCUUGCAGCCGUGUGCCUAUAUCCACUUGUAAUGGCUUUGAUGGUGCUGUUCCAAGAGGUUACAGAACAGCACUAGGAAAACAAGUCUGCUUUGUUGCUACUGUUCGGCUGGCAACUCCUCAGUUUUUAAAGGAAAUGUGCAUAGUUGAAGAACCUUUAGAGGAAUUCACUUCAAGACAUAGUUUGGAAUGGAAAUUUUUAUUUCUGGAUCACAGAGCACCACCAAUUAUAGGAUAUUUGCCUUUUGAAGUGCUUGGUACUUCUGGUUAUGAUUACUAUCAUAUAGAUGACCUACAACUCUUGGCACGGUGUCAUGAACACUUGAUGCAGUUUGGCAAAGGGAAGUCCUGCUGCUAUCGGUUCCUGACCAAAGGACAGCAGUGGAUCUGGCUGCAAACACAUUACUAUAUCACCUACCACCAGUGGAACUCCAAACCAGAAUUCAUCGUAUGCACCCAUACAGUAGUGAGUUAUGCAGAUGUUCGAGUGGAACGGCGACGGAACGUGGCCUUGCAAGACACACCUCCAGCAAUCAUCUCUUCAGUAUUAAAGGAGAGUGGCUCAGAUUUGGAUCCUCAACAGCACUUUAACACGCUUGAAUUAGGCGCUUCAAUUCUCAACAGCAGCCGGACACUUUCUGUGUCCUCUCAAGGCUCACAGAAAUCUUUGCCUGAAUCCUUACCUGACACAGCAUCCACAACAACAAAGCUUCUGCCUGAAUCUCCCUCCUUGGAGAGGGCAGCCACCAUAGAGCAAGACUUAUCAAUUCAGAGAUCCAGCCAACCUGCCACUGUUCAGCUCUCAGCUCAGUUUAACAUGUUCCAGACAAUCAAGGACCAGCUGGAGCAGCGGACUCGCAUACUGCAAGCUAAUAUUCAGUGGCAGCAGGAAGAGCUGCAGAAAAUCCAGGCACAGCUGUGCAUGGUACAGGAUUCCAACAUACAGUUGUUUUUGCAACAUCCAACAGCAUCUCUGAAUUUUAGCAGUCAACACCAGCCAGAAUCUCAGGGGAAAUCUGUGGUGGAUUCUCAGCAGCAGCAAGUAAUUCCAAGGCCACCUCUUCAAGGGCAGGUUGCAGCUCCUCAAACAGCAGACCAUCAACUGUUAAGAGAAGAAAAUGUGCUAUCGAGCCAGGAUAGCAGCCACCAGCAUAACACUCCAGACUUCAGUCAUGACCGACAAUUGAGACUGUUACUCAGUCAACCUAUUCAGCCAAUGAUGCCUGGUUCCUGUCAUGCAAGGCUAUCAUCAGAUGUUGAUGUGGCUGGAAGCCAAGCUAAAUAUUCUCAAAGCCUACAAACAUUCCAGAGUUUGGAAGUGCAAGCUUCCGGCAGCAAUGCACCUAUAGUGCUGAUGGGACAAGCAGUGUUGCACCCUGGGUUUUCUGCAGCACAGCCACAACCUGUGCAUCAACAACAUCAGCAGCAAUGCUACCUUCAGGUGCAAUCUGCAGGCCCUUUGCACAGUGAACAAGCUGAUUCUCUACUCUUGCCUUCCUACUCUUCACAGGAAGGUAGUGUUGAGUACCGUCAUGUGCAAUCACAGCAGCAAUCUGGUGCCAGGAGAAUCAUCAGCUUACCUGAAUCCUCAAAUGUGCAACAACGUUUGCAAUAGAAUCCACCAUCAAAAUCACUGCACUUUUAGCUUUAUAUAAUGGUGGCUGGACAGGGGGAAAUACUGGCAUUUGCAUAUGUGUUCAUUUCAAAGCUUUGUGAUAUAAAGAGACUGCCAAGUGCAGACCUUGAUGGAUAGUGCAAUAGAAAAGGAGCGGGAAUCAUUUUGCAGAUGUUUGCACUAUUUUAUGACUAUGUUAUGAAAAGUAAUAUUAAUACAUGCCAUCAUGUGCAAACUAUGGCACAAACUGGUAUGUGAAAGUAGAAAAUUCUUCUGAAUAUUUCGACCAGAAAGUACUCUGGCUAUUCCAAAUAAGUGAAUUUGAGUUACUUGGCCUUCACUAUUUUGAUCUUUUAAAAUGAAAAGCACUGGUUCAGAGAGAUCUAUUGAGAGAGUGAGAUGUUAUUUUUAUUAUGGUUAAUAUUAUUGUUUUGCACACCUGCACAAAAAGCAUUAUCUAGCACUUUUGGUAAAGAAAAGUCUGUUCCAGAGGCCAGACAAGCACUUCCAGUCAUAUUUGGGGGGGGGACGGGGGACGCACCAUGUUAAAAAGAUUAUUUAUAGCCCUUAAACUUAUAAACUGAAAAUAUUGCGCUUGAUGUCUCCCUCCCCUCCCCUUGCUAUUUCUUAUGUUUCAAAGAAAUUACACUGGACAGUUUAUUUAGUGAACUACAAAUGUAAACAGUGAACCUAAGCACAAUCAUGCAGCUAUUAGUCCAACAUACUAGUCAUGCUCUUUAAACACUUUAAAGAGAAUCUCUUCUACUCA